UACCUGCAGGAUUUUGGAAUUAAGUACAACAUGGAAAAUGGUGGACCUGCACCAGAAGGUAUAACAAACAAGAUCUAUGAGAACACCACAACAAUAAAGGACUACUUGAUUGCCGAGGGCCUGCCUGAUGUGGACAUAUCUACAACAGGUGUCUCCAGCUUUGAGGGUCCAGGGGGGAAAUUUGACGUUGAUGUUUUUGAUUCAACUAGUGACUAUCUGAAAUUGUUGAAGUCAAUAUUUGACUUCCCAUCUAUCCAGAAGUUGCUCUCUUCUCCAAAUUUUUUGAUGUGCUAUGAUGCACUUCACGGUGUUGCUGGAAUUCAUGCAAAACGUAUUUUUGUGGAGGAGCUUGGUGCAAAUGAAAGCUCUCUAGUAAAUUGUGUUCCUAAGGAGGAUUUUGGUGGAGGGCAUCCCGAUCCCAAUCUGACAUACGCAAAGGAGUUAGUUGCACGUAUGGGAUUGUCUAAAACACAUUCCGAACCCAAUCCACCAGAAUUUGGGGCAGCUGCUGAUGGAGAUGGGGACCGUAACAUGGUCCUGGGGAAAAGAUUCUUUGUGACUCCUUCUGAUUCUGUUGCUAUCAUUGCUGCCAAUGCUGUAGAAGCAAUUCCUUAUUUUUCUGGAGGAUUGAAAGGAGUUGCCAGGAGUAUGCCCACAUCUGCUGCUCUUGAUGUUGUUGCGAAACAUCUGAACUUGAAAUUCUUUGAGGUACCCACUGGUUGGAAAUUUUUUUGUAACUUAAUGGAUGCUGGAAUGUGUUCAAUUUGUGGAGAAGAAAGUUUUGGAACUGGCUCAGACCAUAUUCGAGAGAAAGAUGGAAUAUGGGCUGUUUUGGCUUGGUUAUCUAUCCUUGCCUAUAAAAAUAAGGACAACCUUGGGGGAGGUAACCUUGUGACUGUUGAAGAUAUCGUUCGCCAACAUUGGGCAACCUAUGGACGUCACUAUUACACUCGAUAUGACUACGAGAAUGUUGAUGCUGGUGCUGCAAAGGAGCUCAUGACUCAUUUAGUGAAGCUGCAAUCUUCCCUUGAUGAAGUUAACAAGAUUAUAAAGGGAAUCCAUUCAGAUUCAGAUGUUUCAAGUGUCGUUCAUGCUGAUGAAUUUGAGUACAAGGACCCAGUUGAUGGUUCGGUCUCAAAGCAUCAGGGUAUCAGAUAUCUAUUUGAAGAUGGAUCACGAUUGGUUUUCCGUCUCUCUGGAACUGGCUCGGAAGGUGCUACUAUCCGUCUGUACAUUGAGCAGUACGAGAAGGAUUCAUCCAAGAUUGGAAGAGAUUCUCAGGAAGCACUUGCUCCACUGGUGGAGGUUGCUCUUAAGCUAUCGAAAAUGCAGGAAUACACUGGCCGUUCUGCCCCAACUGUUAUUACAUAAACUUAUUCGUGUAUGAUAUACUUGCUUUUGUAUCUUAGGAACUAAAUAAUUGAAUAGUCCUACUGUCCUCACUGGAUGGACACCAUUGAAUUUACAAGAUAUCAAGAUAUUCUCUUGUCUUUUAUUAUGGUCCACAUCCAAUGAGGGUUACUGUGAAAGAACUCAUGUCUGGAUUUGAAGAGUCUUGUUCAAAUAUAGAAAUGCAGCAAUCUAUCUCACUGUACUUUGAUUCA